AAGAACAUUACCCAAAAGUAGUCAGACUCAUCAAUCAUCAUUCAUUUCCACCACUCUCUCAAACACUCAAGUUGUACUCAUGGAUGCAAAGAUCGGUUCAAUUGACACGUGUCCACCCACUCACAACGACGUAGGCUGUUUACCAUCCACUAACGCCGUUACAAUCCACACCCCAACCAUCCCAUUCAACUCAUCAGACUCCACUUUAGGUCGUCACUUAGCACGCCGUUUAGUCCAAGUAGGCGUAACCGACAUAUUCGGUGUGCCGGGUGACUUCAACCUAACAUUACUAGAUCACCUUAUAGCUGAACCAGGUCUUAAAUUCAUUGGUUGUUGUAAUGAAUUAAAUGCUGGAUAUGCUGCUGAUGGUUAUGCUAGAUCACGGGGUGUUGGUGCAUGUGUUGUGACAUUUACUGUUGGUGGAUUAAGUGUGUUAAAUGCUAUUGCUGGUGCUUACAGUGAGAAUCUACCUUUGAUUUGUAUUGUUGGUGGACCUAAUUCUAAUGAUUAUGGGACUAAUAGAGUACUUCAUCAUACUAUUGGGUUGCCUGAUUUCAGUCAAGAACUUCGUUGCUUUCAAACUGUCACUUGUUACCAGGCUGUGGUGAAUAACUUAGAGGAUGCACACGAAAUGAUCGAUACAGCAAUAUCUACGUCGUUGAAAGAGAGUAAGCCGGUUUAUAUAAGCGUAAGCUGUAACUUGCCAGGGAUUCCACACCCAACUUUUAGCCGUGAACCUGUUCCAUUUUGCAUCUCUCCCAGAUUGAGUAACAAGAUGGGUUUGGAAGCAGCAGUGGAGGCAGCUGCAGAGUUCUUAAACAAAGCUGUGAAACCAGUCAUUGUGGGAGGACCAAAAUUGCGCGUCGCAAAGGCAUCUGAUGCAUUUGUUGAAUUAGCGAAUGUAAGUGGAUAUGCUGUUGCAGUGAUGCCAUCUGCUAAGGGGAUGGUUCCAGAACACCACCCUCGUUUCAUUGGAACUUAUUGGGGUGCAGUGAGCACGGCCUUCUGCGCUGAAAUUGUGGAAUCUGCUGAUGCUUACUUGUUUGCUGGACCUAUUUUUAAUGACUAUAGCUCUGUUGGGUAUUCUCUGCUUCUCAAGAAAGAGAAAGCAAUCAUUGUCCAGCCAGAUCGUGUGACUAUUGCGAAUGGGCCUGCAUUUGGUUGUGUCCUAAUGAAGGAUUUCCUUUCGGCAUUGGCCAAGAGGCUAAAGCACAACCCGACUGCACACGAGAAUUAUCGAAGGAUUUAUGUUCCUGAGGGACAUCCUCUCAAGUGUGAGCCUAAAGAGGCAUUGAGAGUCAAUGUUCUCUUUGAGCACAUUCAGAGGUUGCUGUCUGGUGACACUGCUGUGAUUGCUGAGACAGGGGAUUCAUGGUUCAAUUGCCAGAAGCUUAAACUGCCUGAGGGAUGCGGGUAUGAGUUCCAAAUGCAGUAUGGAUCUAUUGGUUGGUCUGUUGGGGCAACUCUUGGUUAUGCACAAGCAGCACAAGAAAAGAGGGUGAUUGCUUUCAUCGGUGAUGGUAGCUUUCAGGUGACUGCUCAGGAUAUAUCAACGAUGCUAGGAUGCGGGCAGAGGACCAUCAUCUUCUUGAUAAACAAUGGUGGUUACACAAUUGAAGUUGAGAUCCACGACGGACCUUACAAUGUUAUCAAGAACUGGAAUUACACUGGACUUGUCGAUGCAAUCCACAACGGGGAAGGAAAAUGUUGGACAACAAAGGUUCGUUGUGAAGAGGAGCUUGUGGAAGCAAUUGAAACAGCAACUGGAGCCAAGAAAGACUGCCUGUGCUUCAUUGAAGUGAUUGUUCACAAGGAUGACACCAGCAAAGAGCUGCUUGAAUGGGGUUCUAGAGUCUCCGCAGCUAAUAGUCGUCCGCCAAAUCCACAGUAAAAUUUCUGAAUGUUCAUAGCAAAUUUCAGGUCACUGCGUGACUGUUCUGCGAGUUGGCAAGUUCCCACGUUAUUUCUCAUUUUUAGUUUCUAGUAGUUCGUAUCACAUGAGGGUAUUCUGCUAGUGUUGCUUGUUCAUAAGAUUGUCAAUUUUGGGAAUGUUGUCUCUUUUCACGAAGUUUUUGUUUAACAUGAUGCCUUCUAUGAAGCUUUGCGACCUUGUUAUGUGAUAAUGAUCUGGGUGAACCCAAAGUAUGACUAUAUGAGUUCUAUUUUGUUA